AUGUCUUCCGCAGAUGCCACUAUCAACACCAAGACGGGCAACCACCCCGUGGACCCCUAUAAGACCCAGAACUUCGAAGACCCGCCCCUCCCUCAGAAGAUCGAAGAGCUAGUUGAAUUUAUCAACCAAGUUAAAUUUGGCAUGUUGACGACCAAGCAACCAGAGGGCGACUAUCUGGCCUCGCGAUGCAUGGCACUAGCCGCAACGGAGAAUGGCGGCAUCGACCUCAUUUUCCACACAAACCUCUUCUCCGGCAAAACAAUGGAUCUCACCGUGCACCCAAAAGAAACAAACAUGUCCUUCCUCGACCCCAUCAGCGGAGCCUGGGCCUCCAUCUCAGGCACUGCAUCAGUGAUUGGUGAUCCUGCCACCGUGAAGAAGUACUACUCGCCCACACUCAAGGCAUGGAUUGGCGAUAUGGGCGAUGGCGUGCACGAUGGUGGACCCUCCGACCCCCGGAUUGGCGUUAUCAAGCUCGAGGCCAGGUUAGCCACGCAUGUUGUCGCGCACAAGGGCCUGCUUGGGCGUGCCUAUGAAAGUGUUAAGGGUGCUGUGCAGGGCAACGUUCCUCAUAUCAAUGGCAUUCGAGAGUUGAGUUUGCAGGAAUUGGCUGAGUGGCGCCGGACGCAUCAGGAAUAAGUGUAUUUAAAAGAAAACACACGAAAGAAUAGCGUGCCCUCUUUCUUUCUUAAGAGGUAUAUAACG